ACUGCUCCUACGUACGAUCCCAGAGCAAGUCUGCCGGAGAGUAGACAUGGCGGACUGGGCCCCGGUGUUCAUCGCGCUGGUGCUCUUCGUCCUCUCGCCGGGGCUGCUCUUCCAGGUCCCCGGCAAGAACAGGUUCCUGGAGUUCGGCAACAAGCAGACCAGCGGCGUCUCCGUGCUCUUCCACGCCGUCAUCUACUUCGCCCUCAUCUCCAUCUUCACCCUCGCCGUCCGCGUCCACGUCAUCCUUGGUUGAACGGUUGGGUACCGUGUGCGGAGGAAUGGAAUGCACAUUUUCUCACGUUCGUUUUCAAGCUUCCUGAUUUAGCUUGUACAGGGGCACAGAAGCCGAGCAUGUUCUUCAUUGGGCAAUUUAGUCCCUGAUUUGCUAUUUUCUGAAGUAUGUGUAGUUUGAAUUUUCACGUACACGGCUACCUCUGAUGAUCCUAUGUGCGCGAUCUUUAAUGUCUCUUAACACGAGAUUUGCUAGCAACUAGAGGAACAUGCGUGACCCGGUUAUAGCUUUGUUUGGCCUUCUCUUGCUGCAGAGGUAUGUUGUCAAAUGCAACAAGCAUCCUUGCUUGUAAUGGCGCAA